CACUAAAAAAUUAUGUCGAACAAAUAGAAAGUUUUCGCGGGCAAGAGAUUUAUUAUUCUUUGACAGAGGAAAUUAGUGCUAUUAAAAAGAAAUUGGCGGCUAAAAACCCAGCUGAGUAUGGAAAGAAUAACGCAGACAUGAUUAGUAACGAAUUAGUGAACAAAGGAGUAAAAGAAGACCAGUUAAGUUCCGAAAACCAAAAAAGAUUGAAAGAUUUAGAGGCGGGGAAAAUUACUGACCCCACUGAAAUUGAUGAAGUAAAAAACCAAAUUAGCGAGGAAACUAAUGAAAAAGCCGCUGAAAAUGAAUUAGAUAAAUUAUUAGAAGAAUACGAAAAAGCUCCUAACCUCGCACUUAAAAAGGUUAUUAGAAACAAAAUCAUCCAAUUUGUCAAUAAUAAAGACAACCGCUUCCAGCAAAAAGCCUUUAAAAGCCGCUUAAACAAAGUAAAUAAAAUAUUAGGAAUUGCUAACACUAACGCACAAG